AUGGUCGUCAAAUCAGGCGUCGGUGCGGCGCCGGCCGGCUUCCGCGAGACAACAUUAAGAACCAGAGUUUGGUUGGGUUCCUUGUCUGCGCUAGCUGUUGUGUUCCUCCAGGGCUUCUUCCAUCUCAAUGGCGCAUUUGCGGCCAUGUCAAAGCACGCGGAGGAGGGACGUUUCAGCAACGGCAAGCCACUGUACCAUGUAUAUAUGGGGUAUCCGGUGGUUGACAAGAUGCUCGCCUUGUCCGUCAGCUUCUGGGAUCCCGUGUGCCACCAGUCACAAGUUGUGAAGCUACUAUCCAUCACAUUAAGCGCAAGCCUGCAGUCUCUCGGCGUAUUCGCCUUGGUAGAAAGCCUGCGUCUCGGUAAAAAACAUAUUGUCUUGCGGUGGUGUGGGCUCAAUGUGUUUUGUUGGCAGUAUAUUGGGGCUGCCAUCUUCAUUCCUCUCUACUUCGUCGUCGAGGUGGAAAACCAUUUCGCAGGCAAGGCUACUGAUCCUGCCGUGCCAUAUGGACAGGCCAAAGCGCUGCUCCCUGCCUCCGUGCUUACUAUAAUCCAUCUAUAUCGCAUGGUGUAUUUCCCGCCAGCGAGCAUCACGACUUCUCAGCACCAGGCCUUCAUGGCCGUUUGGCAACUAGCGCCUUUCUUUUGCCUGGCAACCCUGUUGGCGAUUGCCAGCUGCUUCUCAGGAAGCACACAGUCUCGCAAUGCGGACGCACGCUGGAUCAAAAUCACGUAUCUGGUCUAUGGUCUGCUCUCCGCCGUGGCGCAUAUUGGAGUUCACAUCGCGCUCAGCACGUCGCAUGAUCCUUCGGUGUCUCAAGCUGCAGCCUAUGUUCCUAGAUUUGACACGCUUUGGCGGCGAGACACAGCUGCUUCUGUUUUUAUUGAAAAGUCAAUGUUCUUCUUACAGUGUGACUACAUCAUCAUCGUAAUUGCGAGUGGCGUUUAUGUCAACGCAAUUCUAGAAGGUUUAUAUGGCAAAUUCACCUUGGUCGGCUGGUUUGGCUCGCUCAUGGCGAUUAUUGCAGCCUGCCAUGCGUUUAGUCUUGGAUUUGUUUACGCUGCGAUAUUGUAUAUUAGAGAAGAUGCCCUGAGAGUGAGGUUUUCGGGCCAAGAGCAGAAAUCUCGUUGA